GAAAAAGCAGAGUCAGUCAAGAGAAGUUGAAUGUGAAUGCGUAGUAAGUGUGAACUCAAGACUUUUUAAGCUCAACUCAACAGUACUGCUGAGCUGUAGUAUUUAAUGACCAAACAAACAAGCAUAUCAGCAAACCAAUGGCAAUGGAACAGAUACUACAGACAAACACCACCGCUUCCUAUUAACAUUCCUCUCUUUGCUUUGCAACACAACACCACUCACUUGUUUCUUCUUUUGAUUUGAUCUCAACUUCAACCACCAACCAUUAACCAACCAUGAUGAUGAGACUGUGCCUUCUCUUCUUGCAUUUGUAUUAUUAUUAUUAUUAUUCCGUUUCUGCAGCACUCAACUCAGAUGGGUUGGCACUCUUAUCAUUCAUGUCUCACUGGACAUAUGUUCCUUCUCCCAUAAACUCCACAUGGAUUCCAUCUCAUUCCACACCAUGUUCAUGGGAGGGUGUUCAAUGCCACCCUAAUACCCACCGUGUCAUCUCUCUCAACCUUUCCUAUCUUGACAUUCCUGGUCAACUUGGACCUGAAAUUGCUAAUUGCACACAACUCAAACACUUAGACCUUACUUAUAAUUACUUUACCGGCCAAAUACCUCACUCAUUCAAUAACCUUCAUAAACUCACCUAUCUCAGUCUUUCUACUAAUCUUCUCACAGGUCCAUUUCCCCAUUUUUUGACUCACUUCCCUCACCUUCUCCUUCUUGAUCUCUCUUAUAACCAAUUCACCGGUUCCAUUCCAACUAGUAUAGGCAACAUGACUCAACUUCGCUACUUGUAUCUCAAAUUUAACAACUUCUCCGGUACAAUUCCUUCAACCAUCGGGAACUGCACUCAACUGCAAGACUUGUUUUUGAACUAUAAUCACUUCCAGGGUGUCAUUCCCCACACUCUCAAUAAUAAUCUUGUUCGUUUUCAUGUUGCCUACAAUAAACUAACAGGUACUAUUCCAUUUGGUGGCUCUUCUGGUUGUCAAAAUUUACUUUUUUUGGAUAUUUCAUUCAAUUUCUUUAGUGGAGGCAUUCCCUCAGCCAUUGGGAACUGUACUUCUUUAUCACUAUUUUCUGCUGUCAGAUGUAACUUGGUUGGAACUAUUCCAUCCUCUAUUGGUCUUCUAACCAAACUUUCCCUUCUAAACCUUCCUGAGAACCAUUUGUCCGGAAAAAUACCUCCUCAAAUAGGUAACUGCAAGUCAUUGAAUAGUUUGCAUUUGUAUUCGAAUCGACUUGAUGGAAACAUUCCAACUGAAUUGGAAAAGUUGAGUGAACUGCAGGACCUUGAACUGUUUUCCAAUCAAUUGAGUGGUGAAAUUCCACUUGGUAUAUGGAAGAUUCAAAGUCUUGAGCAUCUACUUGUGUAUAAUAAUAGCCUUUCUGGGGAACUUCCUGUGGAGAUGACAGAGCUCAAGAACCUCAAAAACAUCUCCUUGUUUAACAACAUGUUUUCUGGAGUCAUACCUCAAAGCUUGGGAAUUAAAAGCACUUUGUUGCAGUUGGACUUUAUAAAUAAUAAGUUCACAGGCAACCUCCCACCAAAUCUUUGUUUUGGCAGAAAGUUAAGCGUUUUGAAUAUGGGAAUCAAUCAACUUCAAGGUAGCAUACCUCGUGAUAUCGGAAGAUGCACAACUCUAAGAAGGGUCAUUCUUAAACAAAACAACUUUACUGGGCCUCUUCCUGAUUUUGAAACCAAUACCAAUCUCUUAUACAUGGAUAUCACCAACAACAAAAUCAAUGGCUCAAUUCCAUCAAGUUUAGGAAACUGCAAAAAUCUCACAGAUUUAAUUUUGCCCAUGAACAAAUUUAGCGGCCCAAUACCAUCAGAGAUAGGAAACCUUGUGAACCUUAGGACUUUGAUUCUUGCUCACAACAACUUAGAAGGUCCUUUGCCAUUUCAGCUGUCAAACUGUACUAAAAUGGACAAGUUUGACGUGGGAUUUAAUUUCCUAAAUGGUUCUUUGCCAUCAAGUUUGCAGAGAUGGACAAGGCUAAACACACUAAUUUUGAGUGAGAAUCGUUUUAGUGGCGGCAUUCCAGCUUUCUUAUCGGCAUUUAGCCAUAUUUCUGAACUACAGCUUGGCGGCAAUAUGUUUGGAGGGAGGAUUCCUAGAUCGGUUGGGGCAUUGCAGAAUUUGAUCUACGGGUUAAAUCUAAGUUCUAAUGGGCUGAUAGGAGACAUACCUGUGGAAAUUGGAAAACUGAAAACUUUGCAAAUGUUGGAUCUGUCUCAGAACAAUUUGACAGGAAGCAUACAAGUUCUUGAUGAACUCCCAUCAUUGGUUCAAAUCAAUAUUUCAUAUAAUUCUUUUCAGGGUCUCAUACCAAAGAGUCUAAUGAAGCUGCUUAAUUCUCCCUUGUCAUCAUUUUUGGGGAAUCCUGGGCUAUGUAUCAGUUGUUCACCAUCCGAUGGUUUGGUUUGCACCAAAAGCAGCCAUCUAAAACCAUGUGAUAACAAAACAGUGAAACAAAAAGGCCUCAGCAAAACUGCAAUUGUGAUGAUAGCUUUAGGAUCCUCAAUAUUUGUUGUUUUUCUGUUGAUGGGAUUAGUAUAUAUCUUUGUUUAUGGCAGAAAAUCUAAGCAGCAGGUCCAUAUUACUGAUAAUGGUGGUCCUUCGUCCCUUUUUAACAAAGUCCUGAAGGCUACAUCGAACCUCAGUGAUCAGUAUAUUAUUGGAAGGGGAGCCCAUGGAGUUGUUUAUAAAGCCCUUGUAAGUCAAGACAAAGCUUUUGCUGUAAAGAAGCUAGCAUUUGCUGCCAGCAAAGGUAAGAACAUGAGCAUGAUCAGAGAAAUUCAAACCCUUGGACAAGUUAGGCAUCGAAAUCUUGUUAAAUUGGAAGAGUUUUGGUUUGGACAAGAUUAUGGUCUAAUUCUGUACAAAUACAUGCCAAAUGGAAGCCUUUAUGAUGUAUUGCAUGAAAAGAAACCAACACCAUCCUUAGAGUGGAAUGUCCGGUAUAAGAUAGCUGUUGGAAUUGCUCAUGGGUUGUCUUAUCUCCAUUAUGACUGUGAUCCUCCCAUAGUGCACCGAGAUAUCAAACCAAACAACAUACUUUUAGACUCUGAUAUGGAGCCUCACAUUGCUGACUUUGGUAUUGCCAAACUUUUGGACCAGUCUUCUACAUCAAAUCCUUCCUUAUAUGUGCCGGGCACAAUUGGUUAUAUUGCGCCAGAGAAUGCUUAUACAACAACAAGUAGUAGGGAGUGUGACGUGUACAGCUAUGGGGUAGUUUUGCUUGAGCUGAUAACCAGGAAGAAGGUAGUAGAUCCAUUAUUUAUGGAGGGUACUGAUAUAGUGGGCUGGGUUAGAUUGUUGUGGAGUGAAACAGGAGAAAUUAACCAAAUUGUUGAUUCAAGCCUUGUAAAUGAAUGUCUAGAUACCAAUAUAAUGGAAAAUGUUACUAAAGUGCUUAUGCUGGCUUUGAGAUGUACUGAGAAAGAUCCACACAAGAGGCCCACAAUGACAGAUGUUACCAAGCAAUUAUCAGAUUCUAAUCCACAGAAAAUAAGUAUGAAGGGCUAGUUUUUCAAAAGGUUUCUAACUUGUAUCUAUGCUCAUGAUAUGGUAUUGAUAGGGAUAUGGAUAUCCCUUUUGUUGUAUUGUGAUUGCUUCAAAUUUUGUUGGAUGGCUCUUUAUCUUGUGAAUACUAUCAUAAUCGUAUAAGCUUUUGUUGAAACAUGUUGUGAUCUUGAGCUGAGAUAAUCUUUAUUAUUACCCUGUUUUUUCCCAAUCAAAGCAGAAAAUCUCAUUAGGGUAUACCACUAGAAAGUAGAAACUGCAGAUAUGUAAAAUCCAUAUCCAUUGGCCAUUGCGCGUCAAAGUGAUAUACUACUGUAAAAUUUUUAAACUGGCAAGUUUAUAAACAUGUUUGUUAAUUAAAAAAAUCCAAACAAAAAACAUGAGAAAUUUCAAAACAAU